UAUAGUCUCUGUAUGCUAUUAUAUUAUAAUAAUCGAAUUUGCGAAGUCAUACAAUUAUAUUAGUGCAGUGUACUUUUUGCUAUUUUCAAAUAUACUACAUAUAUAUGUAUAUUUUUUGAAAUAAAAAUUUAAAAUAUAUCGUAUGUGAUUGCUAUUUGAUCACGACAUUGGUGAUGUUCGAGUCUCAAUCACUGCUACAAUAUAGUAAGGUAUCAUACAUAUGUAUAUCAUUAUACGCAAAAAUGUAGAAGUAUAAAGUAUCACCUAAAUAUCAGCACAAAAACAAAUAUGUCGCAAUAUUUGAACAGAUAUUUGCUUGCACGAACCUCCCCUUUUUGCUAUCCAUUAUUUACUACACGUAAAUCCCUAUGUUAAAUGUAUGGGAACCUAAAAAAACAUAGCGACCCCUUAGAGUUAAGCUACAGCACCCAGCUUGCGGAAGGAUUUUUUGUUUGUCAAUUACUAACAUUUGGGGGGUAAAAGUUGAAAAAAAAAUUCAAAUUUUUUUUGAAGCACCCUGUGCCCAAAAAAUAAGGUGACAUUGUAUUUAUUUUUAAAAUUCUUCAUUUAUUCUUCCAAAUCAAUUUCAUCCCCUUAAAAGUAAUACCCUCCCGAUGCAAUGCACUUAUGCCAACGGAUUUUCCAAUCUUCGAAACACUGGUUGUAGUCACUUUCCGGGAUGGCCUUCAGUGCCGUCUUCGCUGCGGCUUGAAUCUCCUUUUGAGCUUGGUGAGCAGCCAGAAGUCGCACGGAGUCAGAUCAGGUGAAUACGGUGGUUGCGGAACGAUAUGGGUUGAGUUUUUGGCGAAAUGAUCACGAAUUACGAGGGCAGUAUGGGAUGGUGCAUUAUCGUGGUGUAAAAACCAAGAAUUGUCUUUCCACAAUUCGUUUUUAGGCGGAUAGCGUUUCGCAAACGACGCAUAACGUUCAAAUAAUAUUCCUUGUUGACUGUUUGACCGGUUGUAAGGAAUUCAUAAUGCACAACACCACGAUAAUCGAAGAAAACAGUCAACAUGACCUUGAUUUUUGAGCGACUUUGGCGCGAUUUUUUUGGUCUCGGCUCUCUUUUGGCACGAUAUUCGCUCGAUUGAUCGGUUGUUUCGGGAUCGUAAGCAUAGAUCCAAGUCUCAUCGCCAGUUAUAAUGCAUUUCAUGACACCCUGGUAGUCGGAAAGCAUCGUUUCACACUUCAACGCGACGCCUUUUUUCCAAAAAAUUCAAUGUUUUCUGUACCAGCCGAGAUUUGACGCGCUUGAGGCCCAAAACAUCCUUCAAAAUGGUAUUGGCUAGGCCUUGGAUAUGCCAACUUCAUCAGCAGGGUCUCUAAUUGUUAAUCGACGGUUUUUCAACACCAAAUCUUUGAUUUGUUGAACAUGAGCUUCGUCGGUUGAUGUUGAUGGUCGCCCUGGACGCUCUUCGUCUUCGACACGUUCACGGCCAGCGUGGAACUCACUAUACCACUUGUAAACAUUUUUUUUUAGACAUAGCCUCAUCACCAAAGGCUUUCUGCACCGUCCUCAACGUAUCCGCAGCAGAAAAUUGAUUCCGUAAAACAAAAUUUAAUGCAAAUUCUUUGCUCAACAAAUUUCGACAUCGCAAAAAACGAAAAACUCACUUUUAGCAGCUCACAAAACGACACGUAUCUCAAACCCUACUGAAUAUUUUGACAUGAAAUUUGACAUAAAUGUGACUGACAGUACUACCAACCUUAACAAAAUUAAUUCUCCAAAUCCUUCGACGCGCGCAGUUUUAAUUCAAAUGUCACCUUAUUUUUUUGGUAUAUGUGUAUGUGUUAUGCUUACAUUCCCGAAAGGCAGUCAUUUUCACUGCUUUCAGGCAAUAUAAGUAAAACUAAGCUCCCUUCUUUCUAGUGUUAAUUGAAUCACAAUUUUGUGUCUGCGAAAUUCUAAUUAAUCUAGCAAAAUAUAAAUUAUAUUAUUAAGAACCAAUUAAGGUGCCAGACCUUUUCCACAUUUGUAACGUAAACUAAAAUUACAAUUAAUAUUUGGAGUAGGUUUGGCUAAUGAAACGAAAUAGGGAAGAUUCAAGGACUUAUUAUAUAAAGGUCGGGCCUACCAACUGGCUAAAUUACAAUAAUAUUUACAAUUUUCCCUUUAGUUUUCUUAAAUGUAUCAAGGCAUAAUUCUGAUUACUUUAGCGGUUGGGUAAAAAACACGAAUUUCGGUAUAAAUGGGGUAUAUACGGAUAGGGAAGCUUCUCCAGUGGAGGAAUAUGCAAAAAUUGUGCUGCUUACACUUAUAUUUUUUAAAUAUUCUCGAUAAAAAAUUGAAAAAUUUGUAUCAAUAACACUUAGUAUUUCACAAUUGGGGUAUUCACAACGUGUCAUCAAGCAUCGUAAAAUCAUAAAUGUUUAACUAGUUUAUUAAAUUUGUUGCUGGAUUGCAUACUAAUAUAAGUUUACGCAAAUACAACUCUGAACGCCAUGUUUUCGGAUCGUUAUAACUCAUAACUUUAUGAGACUAUGUGAAAUCCCUAAAUGUUUCACAAAAUGUUUUCACAUUUUUCACUAUGUAUAUUUAAAUAUACACUCUAAAGGUUGGUACGCAGCUCUCAAGUAAUUGCUCAAGAGCAAAAAUACAUUAUUUCUCAAGUAAUUUUGACAGCUGGUUACGCAUUGUGAAUGAUCCACAUUAGAAGAGCAAGAGAGAAUAAACAAAGUAAACAAACUUUGUGCGUAUGUAUGUAUGUAUGUAUGUGUAUGGUAACACAAAUAUUUUCAUUGAGAUUUAAGGAAUGUUGUUGAUGAUUGGUUGGUUUUAUACAACAUUUCAAAAUGGAACAUACUUUAUAAUAAUGAUUUCAACUAAUUUAGGAUGAAUAUGACGAUUACUUCGAAUUUCCUGCAAGAAACAAUUGUUGAUUUGAUGUUUCUUCGCAAAACCAGGUUUGCCAUAUUCACAUUUUAUUGAAAAAAAGUAUUAAAAAUUAGUACUAGCUUUCUUAAGAGCUGCGUACUAGCACAAGUAACUUUAUCGCAGGAACGUUUCUGGACCGUUUCUUAAGCGUUUUUUUAUAUUAAGUUUUUACGUUUCUUGAGAGCUGCGUACUAAGCUUAAACAUUGAAAUAAGUUCAUACAAGUAUUUAAUUUUUAUUUUGUUAUAUUUUAGCUAUAUUUAUUAAUUUAAAAAUCACUUAGCACACCCAUCGUUGAAAAGGUUACAUUGUUUACAAUUAUGGUUUAAACAAGUGUUGCCAUAUCUUAAACACCAAAUAUGUAGGAUUUUCAACGAUAUUUAUUUGUUUGUAUUUUCGCGUGAUUCUUUUUUCUAUAUUAACUAUAAUAAAAAAUACUUUCCGACAUUUUGAAGCUAUAAUGGAGUUGUGAACAAUUUUACUUAUACAUACUUAUAUCAUAUCCUCCUCCACUCCUUUCUGUGUUGGCGGCCUUCGGCCGCACUUUACAAAUAUGACCCUGGUAUUGGCUCGACCAGGGCUGACUGAAGUACUUUUGCGUAGUACUCCUUUAAAAAUUUAAGUAUUUUAUUACGUAACAUUAUUAUUUAAUUUUUCUUAGUUGUUUAUUAAAUUUAAAUAAGAAAAUAUCCAUAUGCAUGGAAAGAUUCUUUAUACUAAUUUCAUUUGAAAUAUAAUUUAUAGAUGCUUGUUUUUAUGAGAACUAAGAUUGCUAAAUAAAGAAACAGGAAUUAUAGCGAAAAAGAGAAAUUUCUUCGAAUUGCUUAUAUUUGCUUAUUAUCUUAUGACAGCGCUCCAUUUCCUCAAAAUUGUUAGCAAAUAAAUGAUGCUUACUACGAGUGUAAAAGGUAAUUUUUAAAAUAUAAAUUUUUUACUCAUUAAACCAGCAAAAAGUGUAAAUUGUAAAUUUGUUAAAAUGUUUGCAGUUUGAAUUAAUUAAAUGAAUUUGAAGUGAAAAAUGUGCAUAAAGUGUGUUAAAUGUAGUGAAAUAGCUUGGUGAAAUGUUCACAUCUUGGGAAUUUUUGAACUUUAAAGUCGAAGAUCUCGUAAACUAAGCGCACUUCGUUUAAAUCCAGGCUUGAUGCGGUUAGCGAUAAAUGUCGGAGUUGAAUUUGGUCCGUAUAUUUCUUAAAGAUUUUUGAAGUGAAACUUCUUUACGCGCGCUUGGCUUGGGGAGUAAGCUGACGAACGCGUAACGAAAAGUGUGAUCAGGCGAGGCGAACGUCCGAAAUGCUUUGCUCACGUUUGCUCACUUCACGAAAUGUUCUAUUCAAUUCCAAUCACUGAGCGAAACACAGCGUUGAGUAAAAAUCAGCUAAUGUUGACGAACCGCUCAUUCGCGUACAAUGUGAGCCUUCGGUCCGAAAUGCUUUGCUCACGUUUGCUCACUUCACGAAAUUGAAAAUGUUGCUCUAUCACGAGUUACCAGUAUUGACGGACUCUACAUAGUACCAAAAGACAAUGAUAAUAGAUUUUAUCAUGGGCGAAAAAAUUAUACAUCGAUCAUAUCUUUACAAGAUGAAUUUCGCCGAUUAUCGUUGAACACAUUGUCAAAACUAGGUAGAACGAUUCUCGAUUUUAUGAGUGACAGAAAAAAGUUUUCCAUGGUUACUUUUAAUUGCCAAAGUCUCAGAAAACACGUAUCGGACUUGGGCGAUCCCGCAAUUGAUUCAAGCAAUAUCCUGUUUUUAUCAGAAACCUGGUCAAAUGACGAUGAAAAUAUUGACAUCCCGAAUUUUGAUUGUAUUGCGAAAUUCAAGCGUAAGAAUGUUAGAUCAGCAGGAGUGACAAUUUAUCAGAAAUCGAAUGAUACCUCGAAUAUAGUAACUUCGAACAUGGACAUUCUAUUACGACAUAUUCGUGAAGUUGAUAUUGGUCAGUCAUCAAUUGGUGAUAUAUGUGCUGCUCACUGUGUUUUGGACGAUGGAACAAACAUCAUAAUGGAAGUUGUUUACAUUUCGCCCAAUAACACAGUUAAUCAGCCCUAUUCUGCAUUUCGAUUACGUUCCCGCUCUACGCUCCGUCUGAAUCGAAAGUAGGUAUUCCGAGUUACGGUGGAAUCGAAAGAAAAAGAGGAAGAGCGAUAACCUUUUCGAAAUCAGCUGUUUGCCUUGGAAUGUGUGAAAUUGAAACAUAAUAAAGCAAACAGAUACAAAUUUGUGGAAAAACUAUUGGUGUUUAAAUAAAAUAAAUUAAAUAUAUAAUUGCGUAAUGGAAUCGAUAGCCGCGGCGAUAUUUCUUGAGGAGGACGGCAACGCAUCCGAGAAUGCUGACGCGAAAGUUGAAAGGAGAAGAUUGCGGGAUAUGUGUGAUCCAUUUCAAAUGAGUGACGAAUUAUUCAAAAAAAACUUUAGACUUAAUAAGGACGCAUUCAAGUAUGUCCUAGAUACUUUUGCGGAAGAAACUCAACAAAGUACUUUGACGUCGUUAUCUCCGCUUAAUCGUGUAGUGGCUGCUUUGAGAUUUUUUGCGGAAGGCAGUUACCAACAUGGAGUUGGUACUGAUUAUAAUGUCGGAAUGGGUCAGUCAACUGUGUCAAAGUCACUGUCUCAUUUUCUCGAAGUCAUGCAACGAAAGCUUUGCCCUGAGUGGAUCAAAUUUGACCAGAGUGAAGAGGAAAAAAUACAAGCGAAGCAAGAGUUUUAUGCGAAGGCUAGUUUUCCAGGAGUCAUUAUGUGUGUUGAUGGUACGCACAUAAAAAUAGUGAAGCCAUCUGAAGAGGGGUUUCUAUAUUAUAAUAGAAAAGGUUUUUAUAGCAUCAAUGCUAUGGUGGUGUGCGAUAACAGAAUGCGUAUAAAAAGUAUUGAUGCCAGGUAUCCUGGGUGCAAUCACGACUCGCAUGUAUGGGGCUUAAGCAAGCUGAGAUCGCAUAUGGAACGGCGAUAUCGGGAAGGUGAAAGAAACGCGUGGCUGUUAGGUGAUGCGGGGUAUCCAUUGCAGCCUUGGCUAAUGACUCCAUAUCGAUCUGUAAGUCAAGGCAGCCCGCAAAGUAAUUACAACAUGCGGCACUCCACAACAAGGAAUAUAGUAGAGCGGACGAUUGGGGUAUUGAAGAACCGUUUCCGAUGCUUGUUGGGUGCUCGAGAACUACAUUACUCACCACACAAAGUCAGUCAAAUAAUAAACGUUGCCUGUGCUCUCCACAACAUUUGCAUUUACUACAAAGUGGGAGAUUUGAACGCAAAUGAAUUUAAUUUUGAAAGCCGUCAGGAGGAGGAGGAAGAAGAGCAAAGCAGUGACCCCGAUUAUACUUCCAUAGCAAAUCGUAUUCGAGACAACAUACUCGCUACUUUUUAAUAAAUUUGAGAAACGAGUACAAUAAUAAAAACAUCUUUAUUAAAUUCAAAAUUGUAUGUAUACAUAUGUACUAUUCGUAUAUUAAAAAAUAAUUUGCAUUCAGUGCAUUUCACAAAUUGUUACUUAAAGAUAAUAAAUUGAAUUCAGUUCAUUCACAGCAGUUCAGUUCACAGCUUCUUUCUUAAGAUAAUUAUAACAAAAAACUAAAAAAAAGUUCAGGUACAAAAUUUAGGUUAUUUACUAAAUUACUCCGAAUCAGAUUUAUAAUUUGGAUCUAACUUUAGCAUCCGCAUCUUUAUUUCCACUUUUUCCCUUAGCAAUUCUUCCUUCAUUUUAUUGUGUCGUUUCUGUUCUUGUAGUUGCUUCACUGCGGUGUCCGCCAUACAUUCUAAAGAACGAUUCAUGCGACGUAAAUAUGUCACCACUUUUUCCAUUUUAUUAACUGCAGCUUCAUUAUGGUUUUUGGUGUCCUCGUAGAAUUCUUUUUGGAGAUCUAUUUGUUCUUUUAGUAAGGAAGAAGCGCUCUCCUUAUCAGUUGUUCUUUCUCUGCGCUGGCUGCUAACUCUGCUGCAUGAAGGAAUUUCAGUUCGAUCCUCCGAACAUGCGGAAAUGUCCAUUUCGGAAGUUUGGGCAACGUCUUGUACCUGCGCACUAUCGCCAUAAGCCCGCGCACCUCUUAUUCCACUUGUACAAGUUUCCAACCCUGUUAAAGCUAUAACCUUCUCCUCAAGUGGGCUUAUAGGUUGCAACCGACAUUGACCUCCACCAGUGCUCAUUAUUUCCUUUUUAUUUGCAGACAGCUUGCGUUUUAUAUAGCACUUCCAGUCAAUCCACACCUGUAACAAAACGUUUGAAGUAUUUAAAAAAUGUAUUUUCAGUAGUACAAUACCUUUCUCCAUGUACUGGAGUCUUUUGAAGGUGGACCAAGUGCAUUUAGGUCAUUUGCAAUCUCCUCCCAAAACUCCUUCACUUCUUCCUUCGGUCGCUGUUGGAAGCCCUGCGCAACAUCUCUUUUGGUUGCCAUUAUAUCAGCCAAUUUUUCAUACUGCUCUGGUGUUGUUGUUUUUGACCUACAAAUAUAUCAAGCAUAUAUAUAUUAAAGCACAAAAAACUUCAAUAAAUCAUGUUGGUGACUUUUAAACUAUCAACAACAAAUUUUACUUACAUUUUUGGGAAAAUUAUAUUUUAAAAGUACACUAAAACCAAAAUAUGACCGCUCUACGCCAACAAAAGUUCAACUUACAAAAACGGAACUACGAUCGUAAUGUAGAAUACAUAAAAUCGGAAAUUUCGAAGAUUGAUCGAAACUAAUCGAAACGCAGAAUACCAAAGUUGCCUAACUGAAAAAAUUUCGAUUCGAGUCGAAAUGCAGAAUAGGGCUGAAUAAUAUCAUAAAGUUUAUAUACAGAAGACUUAUGAUUUAUGGUCGCGUAGGUUCUGAAGAACUAGGAGAAAACUAUCAUACGUUGCCACUAAUUUAGCAGGAGAUUUCAAUAUCAAUUUCGCAUCCGAAGAUGGACAACUCUUGAUAAACUUUCUACGAGAUAAAUUAGAAUUACAAAUGAAUAAUGACCGUAAUGAGCCAACUACAAGACAUGGAACAACAAUCGAUGCAGUUUUUUCUAGAUUUCUGUCUAAUUUUAAUUCUAAAAUAUAUGUAUCGUAUUUCUCGUAUCAUAAGCCUAUUGUCUCGGUUUUACAAUCAACCACAGUAAUUACUGAUGUAUCCAAUAAUGAAAAUAACGAAUAAAACAAUGAAAAAAAUAAAAGAUCUAUGCAAAAAUAUUAAUUUACUAAUGAAAACAUAAAAUAAAUUUAAAUAUUUGUAGGAAAUUAAUAUAUGUAUAUGUGCAUACAUGUAUAUGUUGCACACACACACAUUCAUAUAUAUACAUAUAGAUAGAGCGAAAGAAGUUUCACUUCAGUCGUGCGGUCAUAAGCACACUCACUUUUUUUUAUUAUUUUUAAUUUGCUAAAUGACCCUACAGCUGAUGCAGAAGUGACAAGAAUUCUAAAGAAUAAUAAUAUUGGCAGUCACCGACUAAACCUCGUACUGAGCAGUUGAGUUAGCGUCUUUCUCUGAGUUUAUAGCUAUUCAUAUAGCUCGCUUUUGGUGUUUUUUUUUGCACCCCGGUCUGCUUACUUAAGUAACGCGAUUAAUACUUAUUUUAAGUGAGAAAUAUAAUCCAAUACUUAUAUACAUAAGUGUAUUAUAAUUUCUCCACUAUGCCCCCGGUGGGCUUCCAGUUCGGGGACAACAGGUUUGCUGCGCUGGCCCAGGGUCCCCAACCAAAACGUAAAAAAUCGUAUCAAAAACUGCAAGAUGCUUUUCCUGACUUACCGCCAAUAAAAAGUGAUGACCCAAAGUAUAUUGUGAUUAAAUCCGAUGAGAAUACUACACCCCUUUCGAAGGUUUCUUGUUUUCGUGUUUACAAUGCCUUACUUACCGUGAGCAAAGAUAUAAACAAAAUUAGUGAAUUACGCGACGGCAGCCUAUUACUGCUAGUGAAAAAUAAGCAAGUAGCAGAAAAGUUUAUAAAAACGAAAUGUCUUUUCAACAUUGGCGCUGUUAGCCAACAAGAGGGGCAAAUGCAUUAAAGACGCUUUACUUUCCUCUAACUUAAUAUAACGGAUCCGCGACACAGUUUUCCACUCACUCCACUUUUUCCCAUGUAGAUCUUACAAUGUGCACCGACAUACUUGCCACAGAGUGCGAAUGGAGUAUAAUCGAUCACCUGCAUGGAAGCGAUCACUUCCCCAUUGUACUAAAAUUGCACCUAGGUUCAACAACUAAAAACCACAAAAUAAAUAAGGUACUAAAUACAUUCAUAUUCAAAACUGAUUACGCUGAUUGGGAGAAGUUUCAGACACAUUGCGAGAUAAAUGGCAAUAAUACCCCAAUAUCGGACAACCCUAACCAAGAAAGUGCGAGUUUAACAAAAAUUAUUCGUUCAGCAGCGAAUGUUAGCAUUCCUCAUACAAAGCCAACAGCAAGUUGUUCCUUGGUGGAUAAAGAAAUCGCUGAAUUGCGGGCAAAAAAACAGACAGCUUGGUAUGAGGACAAACGGGCUCGAUCACUUGUCAACUUAAUAUCUUUCAGGAAAACCAAUGCUCUUUUCCGUCGUUCCGCGAAACAGGCCAAGCGUAAAUGUUUUCAGGAUUUCUCAAGCAAAAUAAAUCCUUCGUCUAGUCCUAAGUCAAUAUAGAACGCUUUAAAAAAACUUUCUGGAGUGCCUACAAAUCUAAUCAUUCAAUGCGUAAAGGGGCCAACAGGUUUGGUAACCAAUCGAUCCGAAAUUUCCGAGUUAUUUGCAAACCAUUAUUCUGAAACAAGCUCAGAUAUUUCAUUCAUUGAAACUGAGUGUCAAACCUCUAAAACCACCACACUGUCCGACACUUCCUACUCUGUCUCCCCUCUUUCUUUUUCUGCUAGACAAAUAGAAACCAGUAUUUCACUGUCUGAAUUCGAGUUCGUUGCAUCUACCGUUAAGGGUAAGUCGCCGGGGCAAGAUAAAAUUUCUUAUCGAAUUAUCAGACAUAUGCCGAAAAGUCUCAAGCUCCGAUUGGUAAAGCUUUAUAACAAAAUUUUCAAUACUGGUGUCUACCCCCAAUUUUGGAAAACGUCCUGUGUUAUACCAAUACUUAAACCACACAAAUCCUCCAAUGAACUUGCUAACUAUAGGCCGAUUUCCCUCCUUCCAUGUAUGGGCAAAAUUCGUGGCAAACCGCUUGAUGUGGUAUGCUCAGCGAAACAAGUUCAUAUCACCGAAUCAAGUCGCCUACAAAGAGGUCAAGGCACGUUAGACGCUUUAAUCCAACUUGACUACUUCGUUACUAACGCUUUGUCCAGCAAAAACCACGUGUCCGUACUAUCUCUGGACUUCCACAGAGCUUUCGACAAAAUUGGAGCCCAUAUUAUUAUUCGACAACUUAGAAAAUGGAAAAUAGGCCAGAAUAUGAUACGUUUUAUUACCAACUUUCUCACAAACAGAAAACUCAAAGUCAACGUAAAUGGUUUUCUCUCUUCAACACUCCCGCUUUCUAAUGGUACGCCGCAAGGCUCACCUCUUUCAGCCUUUCUUUUUAUCAUUGCUUUCGAUGAUAUUAGUAGGAUGAUAAAAAAUUACAAAGGAGUUGAGCACCAGAUCUAUGCUGACGAUGUCCUAAUCCACACAAAAGUCUCUGACGUUAAUUUAGCUCAAUCCUUAUUUACUAAUAUGCUCGCCAGAAUUGAGACUUGGUCACUGGAGUCUGGUGCUUCACUUUCUUUAGACAAAACACAUAUCCUUCAUGUAACCAAACUACAACCAAACUUACAUCGAAUGUAAAACACAGCUAAAAAUACUAGGAUUAAUUUUUUACUUUAAGUAUAACCUUAAUGCUCACUGUAAAUAUGUCAGAAACUCGUUAAUGACACGAUUAAAUAUUGUUAAAUAUCUCUCGUCUAAGCAUUCAUUUAUUCAUCCGAACACACUAGUCAAUGUUGUCAGAGCUUUGCUAACUUCAAAAAUAGAUUAUGGGCUCCCCAUCUAUGGCAAUUGCUCCAAAAGCAGUAUCAACCUUUUAAAUGCACCAUACCAUUGCGCAAUACGGCGAAGUCUCCGGGCCUUUCCAACCUCGCCAAUAAAAUCAAUAAUGGCUGAAUCUGGUUUACCAACUAUUCAAAAUAAAAUUAUAGAUUCUUCGCUCCAAAUUCUUGCGAAAACGGCUGAGAACACCAACCCAUUACUAAAUACAACUAUCACCCAUGCCACGAAAAAAAGAAAAAUUCCAAGAAUACAAUCGGCUAUUUCGAGAUUCUUAAGUUUCGCUGCAGAAAAUAAUAUUUUACGUAACGCAACAUGCAACUUCACCACACGACAUCCUCCCUGUCUGAUCAAUGAUAAAAUCCUACAGAAUAAGCUUAUGUUUUUGUCCAAGCAAAACACACAAACCUUUGCUGAAGUGGAAUCUAUUAUAUGGCUGGAAGUUAUUGUUUAAGGAUGGCUCCAAGUCCAUCGAUUCCACUUCGUUAGGAUCUGCUAUCCUUCAGCAGUUCUUCUUCUUCUUCUUUACUGGCGUAGACACCGCUUAAGCGAUUAUAGCCGAGUCAACAACAGCGCGCCAGUCGUUUCUUCUCUUCGCUACGUGGCGCCAAUUGGAUAUUCCAAGCGAAGCCAGGUCCUUCUCCACUUGGUCCUUCCAACGGAGUGGAGGUCUUCCUCUUCCUCUGCUUCCCCGGGCGGGUACAGCGUCGAAUACUUUCAGACCUGGAGUGUUUUCGUCCAUUCGGACAACAUGACCUAGCCAGCGUAGCCGCUGUCUUUUAAUUCGCUGAACUAAGUCAAUGUCGUCGUAUAUCUCGUACAGCUCAUCGUUCCAUCGAAUGCGAUAUUCGCCGUGGCCAACGCGCAAAGGACCAUAAAUCUUUCGCAGAACUUUUCUCUCGAAAACUCGCAACGUCGACUCAUCAGAUGUUGUCAUCGUCCAAGCCUCUGCACCAUAUAGCAGGACGGGUAUUAUGAGUGACUUAUAGAGUUUGGUUUUUGUUCGUCGAGAGAGGACUUUGCUUCUCAAUUGCCUACUCAGUCCGAAGUAACACCUGUUGGCAAGAGUUAUCCUGCGUUGGAUUUCUAAGCUGACAUUGUUGGUGGUGUUUACGCUGGUUCCAAGAUAGACGAAAUUAUCUACAACUUCAAAGUUAUGACUGCCAACAGUGACGUGAGUGCCAAGUCGCGAGUGCGACGACUGUUUGUUUGAUGACAGGAGAUAUUUCGUCUUGCCCUCGUUCACUGCCAGACACAUUUGUUUUGCUUCCUUAUUCAGUCUGGAGAAAGCAGAACUAACGGCGCGGGUGUUGAGACCGAUGAUAUCAAUAUCAUCGGCAUACGCCAGCAGCUUUACACUCUCAUAAAAGAUUGUACCUGCUCGAUUACGUUCUGCAGCUCGAACUAUUUUCUCCAGCAGCAGAUUGAAGAAAUCGCACGAUAGGGAGUCGCCUUGUCUGAAACCUCGUUUGCUAUCGAACGGCUCGGAGAGGUCCUUCCCGAUCCUGACGGAGCUUUUGGUGCUGCUCAACGUCAGUUUACACAGCCGUAUUAGUUUUGCGGGGAUACCAAAUUCAGACAUCGCGGCAUAAAGGCAGCUCCUUUUCGUGCUGUCGAAAGCGGCUUUGAAAUCGACGAAUAGGUGGUGAGUGUCGAUUCUCUUUUCACGGGUCUUUUCCAAGAUUUGGCGCAUGGUGAAUAUCUGGUCGGUUGUUGAUUUACCAGGUCUGAAGCCACACUGAUAAGGUCCAAUCAGUUUGUUGACGGUGGGCUUUAAUCUUUCACACAAUACGCUCGACAAAACCUUGUACGCGAUGUUGAGGGGGCUUAUCCCACGUUAGUUGGCGCAGAUUGUGGGGUCUCCUUUUUUAUGGAUUGGGCAUAGCACACUUAAAUUCCAAUCGUUGGGCAUGCUUUCAUCCGACCAUAUUUUGCAAAGAAGCUGAUGCAUGCUCCUUAUCAGUUCUUCGCCACCGUGUUGGAAUAGCUCGGCCGGCAAUCCGUCGGCCCCUGCCGCUUUGUUGUUCUUCAGGCGAGCAACUGCUAUUCGAACUUCUUCAUGGCCGAGUAAUGGAACGUCUGCUCCAUCGUCAUCGAUUGGGGAAUCGGGUUCGCCUUCUCCUGGUGUUAUGUGUUCACUGCCAUUCAGCAGGCUGGAGAAGUGUUCCCUCAAUAAUCUAAGUAUGCUCUGGGCAUCGGUGGCUAGAUCACCUUUGAGGGUUCUACAGGAGUAUGCUCCGGUCUUGAAACCUUCUGUAAGCCGCCGCAUUUUUUCGUAGAAUUUUCGAGCAUUACCCCAGUCGGCCAGCUUAUCAAGUUGUUCGUACUCACGCAUUUCGGCCUCUUUCUUCUUCUGUCUGCAAAUGCGUCUCGCUUCCCUCUUCAACUCUCGGUAUCUAUCCCAUCCCGCACGUGUUGUGGUCGAUCGUAACGUUGCGAGGUAGGCAGCCUGUUUUCUCUCCGCUGCGACGCAGCACUCCUCGUCGUACCAGCUGUUCUUUUGCACUUUCCGAAAACCAAUGGUUUCGGUUGCAGCUGUACGUAAGGAGUUUGAAAUGCCGUCCCACAGUUCCCUUUACCGAGUUGUUGACGAGUGCUCUCACAGAGCAGGAGUGCAAGCCGAGUAGAGAAUCGGCUGUCUGUUGUGAUUGCAGCUUCUCGACGUCGAAACUUCCUUGUGUUUGUUGGCGUGCGUUUUUUGCUGCACAGAGGCGGGUGCGAAUCUUAGCUGCUCCAAGAUAGUGAUUCGAGUAGAUGUUAGGACCUCGGAGCGCACGCACAUCUAAAACACUGGAGACGUGUCUUCCGUCUAUCACAACAUGAUCGAUCUGAUGAUGAUUGAUGAAUCUUCUUAUGCUGGAAUCUAGUACUACAGAUAACCAUAUUUCGGGCCCCGGCGAAGUCGAUCAGCCUCAACCCAUUUGGGGAUGUUUCCUCGUGGAGGCUGAAUUUACCGACCGUAGUGCCAAAGAUACCUUCUUUGCCCACCCUGGCGUUGAAGUCGCCAAGCACGAUUUUGACAUCGUGGCGGGGGCAGCUCUCAUAAGCGAGCUCCAAGCGCUCAUAAAAGUCAUCUUUGGUCACAUCGUCCUUCUCUUCCGUCGGGGCGUGGGCGCAAAUCAGCGAUAUGUUGAAGACCCUCGCUUUGAUGCGGAUUGUGGCUAGACGUUCAUUCACCGGAGUGAAUGAUAGUACUCGGCGACGUAGUCUCUCUCCCACCACGAAUCCCACUCCAAAUUUGCGCUCCUUUAUAUGGCCACUGUAGUAAAUCCCACAAGGACCUACUCGCCUUUGUCCUUGUCUCGUCCAUCGCAUUUCUUGGACGGCGGUGAUGUCAGCCUUUAUUUUCACGAGGACAUCAACCAGCUGGGCAGCGGCACCUUCCCAAUUAACGGACCGGACAUUCCAGGUGCAUGCCCUCAAUUCGUAGUCCUUAUUUCGUUUUCCAUGGUCGUCAUCAAAAAGGGGGUCUCUCAUCCAAGGCUGGUUGUUGCUAUUCGCUGGGGUUGUUUUUUUUACGUGGCGGGUCCCAAACCCAGCGCACAACCCUAUGUAGGGGAUAUUUCGCCUUCUCACUUUAGCUCGCCUUCAAACGGAUGUUCUUAGGCUACCCAGAGGAUACUUGGUCAAAGACCGGAAGUCGUGAGCUGCUUGAGUCAUAUGUAAAAGAAUCGUUUCUGGCCACUCCCAAGUGAAUGGCGAUCAGAGAACUUUCCUCACUUGCGUGAACUUCUACACAUGACUCCAUCCAUCCUUCAGCAGUUAAUCACGCAAAAAAGACUAAAGGAAAGUUCCUCAUCUGUACAGACAGCAAAUCGUGUAUGUCUGCAAUAACGUCUCCUUCCAAUCGCAAUCUCAUAAUAGAAGUUAUCAGGGACGCGGUCAUUGGUGCCCCUCAGAAAAUCCAAGUAAUGUGGAUCCCUGGCCAUGCUGGUAUUACAGGCAACCACUUUGCAGACCUCGCUGCGAAAAAUGUAGCCAGGACUCCUGCCUUAACACAUUACGUCUCAUCCAAGCAAGACAUUUCAAAAAAACGCAAACGAAUGGAAAACAUUUAAACAUCACUACGCGGUCAUAAACCCAGCCAGAAAUCGAAUAAUCUAUUCGUCAACAGUUCCAACUAGCGCAAUGAAGACAUACAGUAGGUAGAAAAAAUAAGUUAUCAAAAUAGCCAGCGCUGUUUUAAACGCUCUACACUUUUUCGCUUAAUUGAAAAUAAUAUUUUUUGUAUAUAUUCGGAAAGUACCGUUUUCAAAGUACCGCAAUUGAUGAUUUUAGUGGCAAUCGCUUAUCUGGUAAGAAAUUUUCGUAGCCUUCUAUAAAAAUGCUGAGUGACAAAGCGUGGAAGAAGUAAGUUAUCAAGUGCAGUAAUUAGUGUUUGUCAUAUUAAAACUUGAAAAUAAAUUACAAAAACGCAUUAAAUGUGCAAGAAUUGUUAAUUAAAUUUUGAAAUUGAAUUGGUAACUAAAGUUUUCGUUUUUUUUUUAAUUUAAUUUUUUGAAAUAUUAAGGCGAUUUUUACGGUAAAUUAAAAAAAAAUCUGAAAAUGGUAAAUUUUAAACAAUUAUCGAAUGAAGAAUGCUCAACCAUAAUUAAUUUGCAUACGGAUGAUCACAUGCAGCGUUAUAUUACUAGAAAAUUUAAUAAAAGCAAGGUCGCAAUACGGAAAGUUAUUGCCUGCUACUACAAAGAAAGUCGAGUCAUCAGGAAGAAGAAGCAAGGGCGCCCAAAAAUAACAACGGGAGAGUUUACAAACGAAUUUCCAAUUCUGAUCCCUUCAAAUUAGUUCAAAAUUUUGCACACAGCUUAUAAAAAAAAGCAUGAAUGCCCCCUCAGUGCACACUGUCCCUAACAGAUUGCACCAAACCAAUAUUCACAGCCGCGUUGCAAGAAAGUUACUCUACCUAAAUGAGGCAAAUAAAAAAAAUGACAAGCAUUUUAUAAAGAGCACAUAUUAAAAUCUUAAAAUUAUUGGCAUAAAGUUCUGUGGACUGAUGAAUCGAUGAUUUGUCUUCGUUAUUCUCACUGGAUGGUUUACGUUUGGUGCUCACCCGAACAAGAACUAUUAUACAAGUGCAUUCUACUAGUGAUGAGCGAUAUUUCACUACCGGUGAUUUUUUCACUGUGAUUGAAAAAUCGCAAAUCGCAACUGCGAUCACUUUUUAUAAAUAGCAGUUCGCUUCUAUGCGCAGUUCGAAACUGUGAUCGCAGUUCGAACCUGUGAAUUACGAUCACAAUAGCAAAUAGCAGAAAAGUAACAACUUUCUUCAGGGUAUUGUAUAUAUCGUAUAUGCUAUUUUUCGUCAUAGCGGUUUGAAGUUUUGAGUGUAACGUUCUUAUAAUUUUUAAUAAUGGCAGGAAAUGUAUCAAGGAAAAGAAGUGAAGUGUGAUGUUUGAAGUGGUAGAUGAAAUAUAAUCAAAAUGGAA